GCGCAAACCACACAACUAGGACGCCCAAUAUGGCUGACAUAGAAUCCGAAUCGCUUCCUGUCUCGCUACGCCCAUGGCCUACCCAAGACUCGUCCUCAGACGACCUCCAGCUGCAGUUCGCGCGGCUCUUUCAGCAACGAGGGCACUUCCGACACAUCACCGAGGAAGGCCUCAAAGAGGAGAUCGCCACCGCAAAGGAUGGACCCGACGAUGUGAUGGAAGGUGUCGAAGAAGACGAGGAGGCUCCGGCACAGGACGAGAAGGAACGUUACGAGGAGAUAAUGAAAGCCAAAAUACAGAUGGUGGGCUUUAUAGGGACUGCCUUGAAUGAAGCGCGAUACAUGCAGGAUUACCUGUCUCUCCUUGUCUCUCGAGAUGCUCCGAAGCUGGCCGAUACCACCUUGUCGCCAUAUGUCAAAGAAUUCAAACUCCCAGGCACUCUCGGUGUUGACAAAUGGCCUCUAAAAGAGCCAGAUGUCGUAGAAAAGCGGAGGGAAGAGCUUGCCGCGAAGGGUUGGAGGAUGAAGGGGCUCGAGGACGCUGCCGACAGUGUUCUGAAAGCAGCGACUCGACUAGAGAGCGAGGUUCGCAAAGAGACACAAUACUGGGAAGAAGUGCUAUCAAUUGCAAAGAAGGGAUGGUCAGUCCGUCGGAUAGCUAGAGACGGUCGUAGACCAAUCUUGGGUGUUCAAUUCGGCUUUGCGGAAGCGAGCGACCAUUUCAAGAAUCGUGGAUUCUCACCUUUGCGGAUGGACGACAAAGGAAGCAUCAUACUCGACGCAGGGCUUACCCAGAAACCAAAGGCCGUGCGUGUCCGGAUUCAAGAGGAUGGCAGGAUCACCGGCACCUCGAAAUUACCUUCGACAGACGACAUAACUCAGCCAUCCAUCGAAGACUUGAUACGACGGGCACGAGACUCCUUGUUCGAGGAAGAACUGUACCAUGAGAUGUCUCUAGAGACUCGAAUAUUACUGUCUCACGAUGUCAAAAUGCGGGACUCGGUGAUCCAUCUUCCAGCACCUGCGACAGAUGGAUCAAAGCGAAUUGUACUGAUCGAUAUUGUGCUUCUGGACGAGAUAUUGCCGCAGAUAGACGACCAUUCGUCAGACUCAAUUGCUCAAAACGUAGCCGAAGCCCUCCGCCUGCUUCUCUGCUACGAGCAUAGACAACGCUUGCAUCGCCGGUCACAAAUACCCAGACCUCUUUCUGAACAGAAGAUACCAAAUCUACCACCUCCGAUACUACGUCCCUUACUGAACUUUUUCCAUAAUGCCCAGGCCAUUCAAUCUGUCCGAGACUAUCUCCAGCACACAAAAUCGAUUCUCUCCAGCGCCGGACUGAACGUCUCCACAAAACUCACGUUCGACCCCAAACUAUCCAACCUCUCCGCAACCAUCAAAACCUCACCCACAGAGAUAGAGUCGUCUACAGACAAGCUCGUCAACACCCUCAUCAGGCCGCAAACAACAACCGCAUCGAUACGCCUCCCCUCCUCUCUCAGAGGCGCCACCCACCAGGAAUCCCUCAGCAUCGCGAUCCGUACCCUCGUCACUCAACCCAUCUUCGGCACCGAAUACACCCUCACGCUCCCACAAGCGGUAGCCACAGCCAUCUACUCCGAAGUAGUCACGGCCCGCACGUUCACAUUCACGAUCCUUGCGGACCUGACGUCUUACAUCGACCAGCUCAUCUCGCUCCACCUAUCCAAUUCCGUGAUUGCAAAAUCCUUCAGCGGAUGGACACCGCUGAAGGAGCUUCCAAAGCUCACGAAACAGCCACGGAAACUGAACCCAUCGGACGCGUCUAAGCAACCUAAGAAGCGUUUGCGCGUCAACUUGGAGCAGACAAGGUUGCUGGUGACGUGUGUGUGGGAGGGUCCCAUCGAACGGGUGGAGGAGUACGCGUGGGAUGGGAGUGCGGGGGCUGGGAAGAGGCCGUUGGAGGAUGUUGUUGCGGACGCAAUCCCUUCUCUUCCUCCAAGCAAGCGCUCGUAA